AUGACUUUAACAUCAGGGACAUGUACCUUACAGAAAGAUGAUAAAAAUUUGAUUGGAAUAAGUAUUGGUGGUGGUUAUCCAUAUUGUCCUUGUUUAUAUAUUGUGCAAGUAUUUGAUGAUUCGUCAGCAUCAAAAGAUGGAUCAAUAGCUGCAGGCGAUGAAAUUGUUACAAUUAAUGGUAUAUCAGUAAAAGGACAAACAAAAACUGAAGCAGCUAAAUUUAUUUCAGCUUGUCCAUCACAAGUAACAAUUCAUUAUAAUAAACUACAUGCUCGACCACAAGAUGGAAAAACAUUAGAUAUCAUUUUAAAAAAAGUCAAACAUCGUAUGAUCGAAUCCAUGAGUUCAUCAGCUGCUGAUGCUUUGGGUCUUAGUCGGGCUAUACUAUGCAAUGAUACUCUGGUUAAAAAACUUCAUGAACUUGAACAAAUAGCAGAUUUCUAUCGUGGUCUUAUCAAACAUGCACGUAAAGUGCUGAUUGGUAUAUAUGACUUAUCUCAUAUACAUCGUAAUUUUGGUGAUGCAUUUGCUAAUAUUGGUGCUCGUGAACCACAAUUUAAUGCAUCACAAGCAUUCACGAAAUUUGGUGAUGCUCAUCGACAACUUGAGCAAUAUGCUAUAACGCUACUUAAAACUGCUGCACCCAUGGUUGCAGAUUUAAAUACAUUUUUAACAAAAGCCAUUCCUGAUACUCGAUUAACUAUUGAAAAAUAUGCCGAUGCAAAAUUCGAAUAUUUAUCUUAUUGUUUAAAAGUAAAAGAAAUGAAUGAUGAAGAAUAUAUGUUUGCUGCACAAUAUGAGCCACUUUAUCGAGUUGAAUCAGGAAAUUAUGAAUAUCGAUUAGUACUUCGAUGUCGACAAUUAGCUCGUGAACGUUUUGCUAAAAUGCGUUCAGACGUACUUGUUAAAUUAGAAUUACUUGAUCAAAAACGUGUUCAAGAUACUGUCUUUCAAUUACAUCGUUUGAUAACUGCUCUUGAUAAAUAUCAUAAAGAUAGUAAUGAAAUUAUGAAAGAAGUUGAUAUAUUUCCAAUUGAAGUUGAUUUGUCUUUACCAACCUUUCGUAAAAAAGAAAAUCAUGAUGCUGAUCAAUUCGAUGAUAAAACUGAACAAGUAAAUGACAAUAGUAAUCAAGACGAAAAAACCGAUGAUAUAGAUCUACUUAAUAUUGGAGAUUAA